CAAUCACUCCCUUGGUUGUAUUCUCAUUAAAACCAAUUUAUGUUCAUCUCUCCGUUCUUCAUGUUAUCCGGAAUCGUGUGGUGGUUCAAAAGGAGGCCUACCUUUUGGGCAAUAAUGAUUUGACAAGUGGCUCCAUUCUAGUGCCACCUUCAUCUGUUUAAAGGCCAACACUAGGUCAAUUUUCUGUUGCAGGUCAAAUUAGCUACCCUUCUAAACUUGGCCCUGUGCACCUGAAACACUUCUUCUUUCGUUUAGUUGGCUUUGUCUUUUACUAUUUCAUAUGGCAUCGAGUUCACUUAGUGGGAACCAUGGCUCAUCAUGGACACCUAUGCAGAACAAACAGUUUGAGAGGGCUCUGGCUCUGUAUGAUAAGGACACGCCGGACCGUUGGCAGAAUGUUGCCCGAGCUGUGGAAGGAAAAUCGGCCGAUGAAGUGAAGAGACACUAUGAAGUGCUUGUGGAGGAUCUCGAUCAUAUCGAGUCGGGUCGCGUUCCGGUUCCGGACUACAAGAAGGGUGGGAGCAGUGGCAGCAUUCAAGUUGGCAGUGCAGGCUUCUGAGGAGGCAUCUUAACCUGCAAGAACAGAGUAGCUAAAUUGCAGGAAGGAGACGGAGAAACUAGGAGAUCUCUCUCUCUCUCCCUCUUCAUGUUCUUGUUCUUGUACUAUGUAAAAGGUUUGUCUGCAGCAGUAGUUUGCUCUUUGCACGCGUCUCCAUAAUACACCAGCCGUUUGCAUAGUAAAAUGGUGAAGCAUAAUCAAAGGGUGACAACUGAGAGACAAAGGCAUGUGCAGAGCCAUUCCUCU